UGCCAGCUGCGUACAGAUUACUGCACAGCGCACUUUCUUCCUUUGAUCCCUUCCCUCCUUGCCAAUCUCUAUCUGACUGUUCUCCCGCAUAUAAACAAGCGGCAGGAUAGCACGGGGGGUUGCGCGAUCGAUCGGUGCCAAUUCCAAUCCUCCUUCUUGCGCUCUCAAAUCCGGCGCGAUCUCUUCUGCCAGGCUGCCGUGAUCGGAGCCUGAAGCCGAGCGGCGCGCUCGCCGGAGACCGCGGUUUCCUGGCGGAUUCUGAAGGGAAAUCGGAUCGCGCGCGGGAGAGUCUUCGGAGCCGAUUUGGUUUUUCGGGGGCGAUGUCGUUCAGGGGCAUGCUCCGGGAGAUGAAGGGCGAGGUGGGCGCCAUCUCCCGGCGCGGCCUGCUCCGGUCCAGGACGCCGUCGGUCCGGCGGGUGGCGGCGGUCGCGCCGGAGGAGGCGACGCGGCAGGGCUGCUGCUGGGCGGAGCUGCCCCCGGAACUCCUGCGGGAGGUGCUGGCGAGGGUCGAGGAGGCGGAGCCGCGGUGGCCGCGCCGCCGGGACGUGGUGGCCUGCGCCGGGGUCUGCCGGACCUGGAGGGGCGUCGUGAAGGAGAUCGUGCGCGUCCCCGAGGAGUCAGGGAGGCUCACCUUCCCCAUCUCUGUCAAGCAGCCUGGCCCAAGGGAUGCUCCUAUGAAAUGUUUCAUACGGAGGAACCGGAGUACUCAUACAUAUUACCUGUACAUUGGGCUGACUGAAGCACUAACUGAUGACGGGAAGUUCCUACUCGCUGCACACAAAGCCCAUAGGCCUACAUGUACCGAAUAUCUGAUUUCACUUGACCGGAGUGAUACGUCAAGGGGGAGUUAUGCCUUUAUUGGCAAGUUAAGAUCAAACUUUUUGAGAACGAAAUUUACUGUCUAUGAUGCACAUCCACCUCAUGCUGGAGCUGUGGUUUCAAAUAGAUGGUCUGCUGGGAACUAUCCAGUUUCGCACGUUCAUUACGAAUUGAACGUUUUGGGAUCUAGGGGCCCAAGAAGGAUGCGAUGUGUUAUGGAUUCCAUCCCUGUAUCAGCAAUUGAACAAGGCGGAACAGCUCCAACGCAGACUGGAUUUCCUUUCAGUAACGACAACUCUUCUGCAUCAAUCCCAUUCUUCAAGUCUAAAUCAUCUCGAAUGGACAGUUUCACCGCUCCAUUAUCCAGUCAAGAUCAAGAGGAACGUCAGUUAGUGCUGAAGAACAAGUCUCCCAGGUGGCAUGAACAUCUGCAGUGUUGGUGCCUCAACUUCCAUGGACGGGUGACAGUUGCAUCAGUGAAAAACUUUCAGCUGGUGGCUACUGAUGAGAGUGCUCCAACUAACCAGGAGCAUGACGACACCACCCUCCAAUUUGGUAAGAUAGGGAAGGACCUGUUCACCAUGGACUACCGUUACCCGCUAUCGGCGUUUCAGGCAUUUGCAAUCUGCCUGAGCAGCUUCGACACCAAAUUAGCAUGCGAAUGAGACAGAGGUGCUAAUCUACGGUUUCUUUUUAAAAAAAUCUUUAGUCAUGCCAAUUUAAUGACGAAUCAUAUAUUAAUGGUGCAUCUGGAUGUUGCUUGCACUGUAUCGACUUGCUUCGAACUUCUGGAGAUCUUCGGACAUAAGAAAAGUUAGCUUCAAUCAAGCA